AUGUCGAGCACAGGCGCAGUAGCAGCUGCUGGUGGUGGCGGCCUCUCGACGCUGUCGACUUCGCUCCUCGCCGCCGCAUGCACCGCCGUAGUUGCUGCCGUCAUCUUCGUCGCUGUGGCGCUUCGACGAUACCUACGUGCCAAGAAGCGCAAAUCUCUCAUGAUUGCUGCUUCGCCAGCACCAUCUUCAGCUGCAGCCAUCUAUGCUCAACACGUCAAAGACAAGUCAAUAUCCACCGAAGACAUUGGCGAGCCUCAUCUCACCUACGCGCCUGAACGUGCACACAACGCCCAGCACGACCUAGCAAAGUUGUCAUUCGCACAAAAGACGGCUCUGUCCAUGCGGCAGCAAAAUUUCAUCCCGAUCAAACCUUUCCCUUCGCCAAAGUUCCCUAAGGCGGCUCUGCUUUCGCCAAGGUUGCAGCCCCCGGUCUCGGCAGAAUCGCCUGCUCCACGAACGCCAAAGUCGCCAGGUCUGACCGAGCUCGCCAUGUCGCCAGGCCCCAGCAUCCUCCUUAAGCCCUUGGUCUAUGGAAAGUCUCCCAGGAUCCCAUCACCGUCUCCCUCCAGCGCAAGCACUGGCGAUAAGAAGAAGGCGUCACCAGAACAGAAGAAGAAACUCACACGAAGUGCAGUGCCAUCUUUGUUGCUUCGCAGCCUCGGCGUCUUGCCUGAUUUCUCCGCCGGCUCUCCCAAUAAAGCAUCGCUGCAAGAAGACAAGGAGACACUCGCAGAUGCAGAAGCGCAGGCCAGCAACGACUCGAAAGAUGCGGAAGAGCCCUCCCUGACCCCCAUCCUCGACCUCGGCAUCGACUUUGGGAAUGACGAGACUUUCGAGCAGUCCCUCCAACUUCGAGGCGGCUUUUCCUUUGAUGAGCCAAGAGCGUUGGGACUUGGGUCUUCAGUACCGGCUUCAAAGCCCGCUCAGGCGCAGAGCACGCAGAUGACUGCUGGCAUGCAGAGCCUCAUUGAGGCCUUGUCACCCCCUCCGCCCGAGACUGCUACGCUCUCAGGUUUCAGGGCCAGCCCUCCUGCCAAGCAGUCCACUUUGCUUUUGUCCUCCACCUCGUCCGCCCGUUCGCCGCUGCCAACACCUCCACCUUCAGCUGGCCUGCCACCUGCGCCGACAAGUGCACCUAUGUACAAGCUGCCCUCCAACGGCUCUAUGCAGAGCAAGUCGAGCCGAACCACAGCAGUAAGUGCAGCAACGUCCGCACCAGAUUCGUUCCACAGCGCCACCGGGUCUAUUGGUCAGAUCUGUAUCAGCAUGCCGCCCAUCGACUCUGUGCCUUCUCCCCGUCUUGGCGUGGACGAGGAUCAAUCCUCCUAUCGUCCAUUGAGCCUCGGUCUGGGACCGUCCAAGAGCCCAUCGCAGGGUACAUUUACCAACAUCCUCAACGGCUUGCGCAAGGUGCCGUCGCGAGGCCAGGAGGUCGACCUGGAAGCCGGCAACUCGUCCAUCGACGAAUCUGCGACAAGUCGUUCGUAUUCGAGCGAUGCCAUCUCGUACAGCUCUUCGCAGACCAGCGUCGAUCUCGAGGCUAUUACGAGCAUCGGCAAGGCCAACCUUGUGCCAGCUGCUUCGGUGCCGCCUCUUCCACUAAUGCCCGUCUCUCUUAAGAUGAGCGGAGACAAGACGGCCAAAGCCAACACCUCGACUGUCUUUGAGGAUGAAAAGGAUGCCAGUGUCGCUGACGCGGUUCCUCCUCGGCCGAUGCGCAAGAGGGCUUCGACAUUGGGAGCACUCGAGGGACCCAAGCUGACCAUGCCGGACCUGAUGCAUCCACGUGCUGCGCCCUUGCCACCAUCGGAUGGCAUGCCUGCCAAAAUGGUUAGCCCAAGCAUCAACAUCGAGUCGGUCCAAGUCAACCGUGCCAGCAUUACGAACCUUAAAGCCAAGUCGAGCGAUCACCUUCCUCUCACAGGAAGCGCAAUGAGUGCCGCCAUGAAUUUCAAGAGUCCUUACCACCGCACCCUCAUCCCUGAUCCUCCCAUUGAUGGCACGCACCUCUCUCCCGGUCUCGGCGCAGACAGUCCGAUCCUUGCACAGUUCAGCCCCAAGGUGCGAGGCAGCUCGCCUUCCGCCAGCCCCAAACCGGGCUUUGCAGAGAGUCUCAAGGCCAGGCUGAGCCUGUCGCGCAAGUCGCUCACCAGCUCGCCUGGUGUGGCGUCCAAGAACAGCACGCCUCGUCUCAGCACCAUCAAUCAGUUCCCCAAACCCAACGGCGAUGGGUUCCAUAGCUUUGCCGUUGGCGAAGGUGUCGCAGAUGCGACGCCCAAGAUCGGUUCAAGCAAGAUCCCCGCGCGACCUGCUACCAGUCCCAGGUUGGGACAGCAAGGUAGUGAGGCUGGACUUGGCUUCAGUAGCCCUGCCAUCCUCUUCAACGGUCAAGAGAUGGAGCCUACCAAGCCGCUGCGCUUCAAAAAGCCCUCUUCGGCAGGUGGCCGUCUGGGCUCCUCGCCGCAGUCGAUCUACUCUGCAGCCUCACCCUCGCCCAUGCUGCACACCGGCCAGUGGGGCACGGUCCCUGGCGGAAAGGAAGACAAGAUGGAAGUUGCCUUUUCUCCUCUGGUCGCUGGCGGCGAUUUGAGUCCGGCUGGCGAGCAGAUCGAGUUUGGUGUAGCAUCUUCGCCCAGCUUCUGCGACACUCCUGCUGCUCCUGCGAGGACGUUGCAAGACUUGCCUGCAAGCAGUGCGCCGACGAGCCCGGAGAUGGGUGAAACGACGCCUCGACCCAAUUCGAGCUCGGAUGCCGGCGCUCUCGCAGGUGAGGAUGAGGACUUGGAACACUUCUCGUACCGCGACAGCAUGGUCAGCGUAGCCGCGUCCACCAUCAGUAUCAUGAGCAACAGCACGUGCAUGUCGGACGCCGUGGGCGAGGAUCUCGACCAGGCCGCUGACCGUCGAACGAAGCUGCUCGCCAGCGUCCAGCAGAACUUGGCCAAGUCGAAAGCCAAGGACGCCAAGCGAGACAGCCAGGCCGCGCAACGCUUCCGAAAGUCCCUCAUGUCGCAGACCUCGUCGCUGCGCAACAUUCCAGAGGAAGUGUCCGGCGGAGUGCCGACAAUGGGACUGGGACUGUUCGAGAGCGAAGAGGAGCAAGAGGAUGACGAUGAGGACAGGGAGACGCUCGAGGACAGUCCUCCUAGCAGCGUGGCCGGCAGUUCGUACGAGCGCAAGAAGCCGAACAGCCUUGUGCUGAUGCCUCUGCACGACAGCCGACUGUCUGACCCGCUGACGCCUCCGCUGACACCCAUCGACGCAACGGCCGCGCACAAAGAGUCGGGGCACGCAACGACACCAUCGACGAGCUCUGCUUCCUCUUUUGCUUCGUCCGCUGCAUCGGUGCCGCGCCGAAUGCGACCAUCGCGAGACCGUCUGGCACCCAUCGACACGGGUGCUGCCAACCGUCUCUCCCCGCACUCUGAGCAGCGCGACGGCGCCACUUCUCCCUCGUCGCUCAAGCUGAGACCUUUGAGCUUGGCCGCCAGCCUCCACGGAGGCGACGCGAGCCCGAUGAAGCGGUUCGAACGCCCCGCCUUCUCACCCGCGCUGUCUGCCAAUGUCCCCAGCCCCAUCCCCGCCGCACACAUGUCCGGUCCGAACGAUCGCUCUUCGCGUUUCAACGAAGAAGGCCGCAGCGUGCGCAGCACCACGUACCGCCAGGGCGGUGUGUUGCCCACAAUCAGCUCGAAGGGCGCGCUCGAUACGGGCAGGGCAUUGCAUGCAGAGCCGUCGUUGACGCAUUCGGACAGCUCGGCGUCGAUGGGCUCGAUGACGUCUUCGUUGGGCUCGUUUUCGAGGAUGCACAACUUCCCGAGCCCGGUCAAAUCGACGUUUGGAUAUUCUCACGGCUUGGGCAAGGCGAUGGGGAUGCGUCAGACGUUGGGGUCCCGCGGUAGUGUCAUGUCGGACAUGCCAGACUUGACGAGCUCGAUGAGCACGCAGAGCUUUGCCAGCAGCACUGUGGCGGUUGGCCGAAUCGGGUACAAGACCAGCGACCUGUCAGUCACUGGCAUGUGA